AAAAUGUCUUAUUUGGGACUUGAUAAAUUUCAAAAUUUUAUGAAAAUAAUCAAAGCUCACGGAGGUUUUCUUCAAUCUUUUAUAAAAUUAAAUAGAAUCGAUGACUUAAAACUUGGAAAACUUGUCGGUUCUGAUAGAUUCGGAAAUAAAUAUUAUGAAAAUGAUUCUUAUUUUUAUGGCAGGAAUAGAUGGGUAAUUUAUUCAGAUCGAUUUGGUUAUGAUUAUGAUGCCAGUCAUGUCGAUCCUCAAUGGUAUGGAUGGCUUCAUUACAAAACAGAUAUUCUUCCCUAUGAGGAUCCUUCACGUCCAAAACACAAAUGGCUUGCUAAGGAAUCUUAUAACAUGACUGGUACUGAUAAACAGUAUGUUCCAUAUUCAACUACAAAACCUAAGAUUCAAUCGUGGGUUCCUCCCAAAUCGAAAAAAUAAUUGUAUGUCGAUAGGUCAUUUUAACAAUUAGUUUACGAUAAAUUGAUUUGUAAUUAAUGAAAUUAUUUCAAUUUAUGU